GGCAGUAACAGCAGAGGUGUUGUACUUAUUAACAAUUUUAACACUACCGAUUUUAAUCUAAUAACCGUGAGAGACCAUUGCAGUGGCAUUAUUACUUAUUUGUAUAGACAUAACCUUGUGGAUAUAUUUUUAUUUUUCGUUAUAACACCGCCCUGUACCUGCAAUUGUACAAAGGAAAAUAACUUUUAUAAUGGGAUAAUCAAAAAAUGAAGGACGAAUAUACAGUAAUUAAAAUCAGUUUUAAUAUGAGGAAAGAACAAUGUUUUAUUUUCGUGACCCUCGUGAUUGGAAUGAUAACCUCUUUGCCCUGUAACGAUUCAACUGUACCUGUAGGUAAAAUAAAGUUAACCACUUCUAAUUUAGAGUUUGCAUCAACAAAACCAAAGGAUAAAAUUACUAUACAAGAAAAGAGUAACGUUACAUCAUCUAAAUUGACAGCACAAGUCACAUGUGGCAAAAGAAUGGCCCCAAAUUUUCGAAUACUUGGAGGAAGUGAAUCCCAAUUAGGUGCUUGGCCAUGGAUGGUAGCCCUAGGAUACAAAAAUUCACAAAAAAAAAAUGAUUCUAUUGAGUGGCGUUGUGGUGGUACAUUAGUUUCCAAUAAACACGUAUUAACUGCCUCCACAUGCGUGGCCAACACUGGGCUAAACAUAUUGACCGUGGCACGCUUAGGUGAGUUGGAUUUGGAUCCCAUGGUCGAUGACGGGGCGUUACCAUUAGAUGUUCCGAUCAAACGUAUUAUAAACCACGAAGGGUACGAUUCGAAAAAAAUCAUCAAUAACCUUGCAAUACUGGUAUUGAAAAAUAGUGUUACUUUUAAUGAAUUGAUCCAACCGAUUUGCUUACCAACAUUACUGGAUAUGAACAAUGUCGAAAAAUCAAAAAAUAUACCAUUUGUUGUCGGCUGGGGAAGUAUCAAUGCUAUACCUCAAAAAAAUGAGAAGAAUUCGACGUCCUUAAUGGAAGUUCAAAUUCCUAUAUCGAAUAUAACAGAAUGUAAACAGAUAUAUUCAAGUUAUAAAAGCGUGAUCGAUGACAGGGUGUUAUGUGCUGGAUAUCCAGAAGGAGGAAAAGACUCUUGUCGGGGUGAUUCCGGAGGUCCUUUAAUGUGGUCAACAGAAAUCAAUUUUUUUUUGAUUGGCGUUGUUUCUUAUGGUUUUCCUGAAUGUGGUGAUCCAGGUCAUCCGGGCGUGUACACCAGAGUAACUUCCUAUAUGGAUUGGAUUUUAGAUGGAAUAGUCAUUCUUGCAUUUGUGAUUCGCAUAAAGUACCUACCUGUGUUCUAUCAUCGUUCGUGUGUGCGUUUUCUCGUGCUUGACAUGUCGAAACGCGCAGUCGUGUGGUGUUUUCUGAUUUUCGCGUUCUCCGCCGAUUCGCAGUCCUGGGACCGGAAGGACGACGAGUUGUGCAAAGUGAUCACCAAGACCAACGACGAUUACACGUGUAAGCCAAUCGACCAAUGUCCGGUGGUUCUUCGUGCGGCCGAAGACGGUGCUGCUUAUCCAAAGAUUUGCAGGUUCCGCGGACGGACUCCGAUCGUGUGCUGUCCAACUUCUCAGGACGCCCCCCGUAGAAAUUCCACUGAAAUGUGCAGAGAAUACUAUUCAUUGACUACUAAAGGCGGUGGAACUAUCGAUUCUGGCAGUUGUCGACCGAAAAAGAUUGUCAGCGAAAAUCUUCUUACCAUCGUCGGUGGAACCGAGGCCGAAGAAAUGGAAUUUCCUCACAUGGUUAUUUUAGGAUUUGGAGAAAACAUCAAAAAAGUCGAAUGGUCAUGUGGUGGAUCAUUGAUUAGCGAUCGUUAUGUGCUUUCAGCAGCACACUGUUCAGAAAUUGGAAAAAAAAGCCCAGUUAAAUGGGCCUUACUGGGUGACAACGACUUGGGUUCUAACAAAGGUGCUGCAGACCCUCAGGUUCGCGAAAUCGUCCAGCGGAUCUUGCAUCCAAAUUAUAAACCUCCGUCGAUGUACAACGACAUCGGUCUGUACCGGCUAAGCACACCGGUUCAAUUCAAUCAAUUUGUCUUUCCGGCUUGCAUAAACACCGAAGUACAAUUAACCGCUAAACAAGCAAUCGCCAUUGGUUGGGGAAGAACUAGUUCAGCUGGUCUAACGAGUAAUGUUUUAAUGAAAGUAUCAUUAGAUUUGGUGGAACAAAAUGAAUGCAAUCGCAGUUAUUCGUCUUCCCCGAGUCCAAAAUUGAAAUUUGGAAUAAAUCCAAACAAUCAAAUUUGUGCUGGACAACUAGAAGGUGGCAAGGACACCUGUCAAGGCGAUUCUGGUGGACCAUUACAGAUCGUUCAUCCCGAAUUCGAGUGCAUGUACACGCAAGUGGGUAUUACUUCGUUCGGGAAACUGUGUGGUGAACCAAACGCACCCGGCGUCUACACGAGGGUGUCCAAUUACGUGUCCUGGAUCGAUGGAGUCGUUUGGGAGUCAUCAUCUCCAUGAAUAUUGCAAUUCCAUGACACAGCAAAAAAAAUUGUUUUCUGUGUCUGUGUUAUGCCUACCGCAUAUAUUGAGUGGAAAAUGUAGUGUUCAUAGGAACUUACAAAAUAUGUAUAUCACCUAUGUAUAUAUUAUUAUACGCACAUCUACCUAUAUUACGU